UUAAAUGAGCGCCGCUUGACGACUGCGCGUGAAACUCAGAAACCCCUUCUGGAUAUCCGUUCGUCUUCAGCGGCCCGAGGCAGGAUGGAAGAAGCAGAACUCUUAAAGGAACGCCUUCAGGCUAUUACAAAUAAGAAAAAAAUCCAAGAAGAAAUUGCCCACAAACGGCUUGAAAUUGACAUAGAGAAACUAAAGCUUCAACAUGUCAAGAAAAGGUCCAUGAGAGAUCUGUGGCUCAUGGAUGGGAUGAACAGCAGUAAUGCACAGGAAACACAAAAAGCUCUUGAAGAUGCACAACAAACUAAACACCUCAAGAGCAACAUACAUCAAAUAGAGAAAGAGAUUGAAGCAUUGGAGAGAGAGGAAAUGAACAUCUCAACAAAUGAGGGGCUGAUUCUAAAGAGGCUAAAAGCCAUUGAAAAGUCUCCAGAGGAUAUAAUUAAGGCAGCGAAUGCAGAUUUCAUAUCAGAGUCGAUCUAUAUUCAUUCAACAAUUCCAAAUAUGCUAAAGCCCAGCACACCCCUAUUAAAGCAGAGGAAGAAACAAGACCUGGAAACUGAAGCAAAAACUGACCAAACCAAACCUGCUUUGUUCGCCAUGGAAAUUAACGUUCAGAAGGACUUGCGCACAGGGGAAAGCCAAGUUCUCUCCACCGCCACCAUUUCUCCCCAAGAGCUCCAGCAGAAAGGCAUCAAAGUCUACGACGAUGGCCGGAAGUCCGUCUACGCCCUGCGUACAGACGGCCACCAGCCAGGUGCGAAUGGAGUGGAUGAACUAAGUCCCGUAGAGGUCGAAGAGCUGCUGAGGCAGGCCUCUGAGAAAAAGAAGAGGUCCAAUCAGGUUCAGAUAGACCCUUCAUAUCCCUACAACCUCUCCCAUGAGUUACAAUCAGCCACUGAAAUCAGGGAGAGCCAUGAAUCCAAUGGAUACCAAGAUCCCUAUAGUGUUGACUUAGCAGCAUGGCCUGAGCUUGUGUACAAUGAUGACGUGUGCUAUCCAGAGGACGCGGGUCAAGGACUUCCUCUCCUGCCAAUGCCUAAUUACAAUGACAGACCAGACGAAUACUAUCACAACAGCCGUGAGCUACACAGAGGGGAAAGACACGCACAUGGACAGUAUUACAACCAAAGAGAGAACCACCGGGGAAUGCGACGUUUGGAUUGUGACAUCUCAAAACACAGCCUGUGUUCAGCCUACUCUGAGGACUCCAAACUCAGUGUACUGAACGCCAUGCCAUCGGACGAGCCAGUCACCAUGAUCUUCAUGGGUUACCAGAAUGCCGGAGAUGACAGCCAGAGCUAUGAGGGCUCAGUUCGGGCAGAGUUGGUGAUUAUUGGAGAUGGUGAAGAUGAAGCGAGCAAGAGCUUCAACCCCCAUCAGAACUGCAAUGCCAACAACGCCUUUCCCUACUCUGCUGGACGGAAGGGCAAAAGAGACGGCACGGAAGACCCGUCAGCUACAGCAUUACAGAUACAGAUGGAGAAACUGGGCCAAACCGCAUAACACACAUUCACAGUGUG